AUGGCACCCUCAGCCACCGAACCUCAAUCUCAAUUCUCGACCACGGACAGGGUCCUGGUCAAGCCAUGGAGUCGUCCUGCACCUACCAAAGAGGACCUUGACUGGGCGCCACUGGUCAAAAUAGAUCUCUCGCAUUUUGACGAGCCAGGAGGAAAACAAGAGCUCGCAAGACAACUUUACGAUGCUGUGACUAACGUCGGAUUCUGGGUUGUCAUCAACACCGGUCUUGACGACGAGCGCGUAUUACGACAAUUCAGUAUUGGCAAUACGUUUUUCAAGGAACCUCUUGAAGAGAAGAGAAAAGCGCCUUGCAACUUUGCGGAAGGCGAAUAUUUUGGAUAUCGUGAGAAUUCGAGAUGGGUCGGCGAUACUGGGGUGAAGGAGAAUAUUGAAAUGCUCAACAUUCCCAAAGCCAUCCCGGCCUACGCCAAAGAACCCAAACACGCCAUCACCACUCAGAACUACGACGAAAUCGCCUCAUUCCACCGUGACGUCUGGGAGAAAGUAGCCCGCAAACUCUUCGUCCUGAUCGCCAUCAUUCUCGAACUGCCAGAGAACUAUCUCGCUGACGCACAUGCCUAUGACGAAGAAUCAGACGACCACCUUCGGUACAUGAUCUAUAAUGUUAGAACACAAGAUGAGUGGGAUCGCGCGCAAGCCUAUUCGAAGGGUGGACAUACGGACUUUGGAAGCUUGACCUUGUUGUUGUCGCAGCAUGUUGCAGGCUUGCAGAUUCGAACUCCGGAGGGGAACUGGAAAUAUGUUAAACCUGUUGAGGGUGGCAUUACUUGUAAUGCUGCUGAUACUUUGACUUUUCUCACAAAAGGAUUCGUGAAGUCAACUGUGCAUCGAGUCGUCACACCACCAAAGGAUCAGAUCAAUAUCCCACGACUAGGCCUGCUCUACUUCAGCAGGCCGGGAGCCAAUACACCAAUGAGACCUGUUCCUUCGCCACUUCUUGAUCGUCUAGGACUUCUUACUGAGGAGGACAAGGAUCCUGAUCGCCCUGCUGUAUCGGGUACUGAGUACGUUCGGGCACGAGUCAAGGACGUUCAUCACAAGACUGUGUUGGACAAACGUGAAGGGACUUCAUUUGAAUUUCAAGGCCUGAAAGUUCCAAACUAUUAUGAUUAA